AUGAGUGUCGUCGCUGCAGCACCCGCCUCUCUCGGAUUCCAUGCUCCUGGUCUUAUCACCGGUACCAUCAUCUUUGCCGUAUUGGGAGUGGUGUUCACUUUCGUGGCCCCCAUCCUGUUUGCUAAGGAGACCCCCAAGAUAACCAAGGGCGAGAGCAUUAGACUCUCCAUUCUUCUUGUGUGGCUCACGACCAUUUGCAUGUGGAUGUUUUGGGCCUUCGUCUACAUGCACCAGAUGGUACCUCUCAUGAGCCCCAUCCGUAAGAAUCCUCUUCUGGAGUAA